AUGCAGGGACUGCAUGUAGCGGGACAGGCCGCCCCCACCACCUCCAGCCGCACCAGUGGCACCACCUGCGGGCCGGGUGGGGUGGGUGGUGACAGCGACAGUGACCCCGAGGGCUUCUUCGAGCGCAGGGUGCUCAAACCCCUGCCCGCGCACCUGCAGGGCGAGCUGCGCGACCUGGGUGCUGCUCUGUCCCGCGACAUCUUCACGGAGAGCCCGCACGUGCGGUGGGAGGACAUCGCGGGGCUGGAGGGCGCCAAGCGGCUGAUCAAGGAGGCGGUGGUGCUGCCGCUGAGGUACCCGCAGCUGUUCACGGGCCUGCUGGCCCCCUGGCGCGGCGUGCUGCUGUACGGCCCCCCGGGCACUGGCAAGACGCUGCUUGCCAAGGCGGUCGCCACCGAGUGCCGCACCACCUUCUUCAACAUCUCCGCCUCCUCCAUCAUCUCCAAGUGGCGCGGCGACUCGGAGAAGCUGGUGCGGGUCCUGUUCGACCUGGCUCGCCACCACGCCCCCUCCACCGUCUUCCUGGACGAGAUCGACGCGCUGAUGGGGGCGCGGGGCGGCGAGGGCGAGCACGAGGCCUCCCGACGCAUGAAGACGGAGCUGCUGAUCCAGAUGGACGGACUGGCUCGCGGGGGGGAAGGGGUGUUCGUGCUGGCAGCCACCAACCUGCCCUGGGAGCUGGACAUGGCCCUCCUGCGUCGCCUGGAGAAGCGCAUCCUGGUUCCGCUGCCCAGCCCCGCCGCCCGCAAGGCCAUGUUCUCCACGCUGCUGGCCGGGCGGUGCGCGGCGGACGUGAGCAUGGAGGCGCUGGCGGAGAGGACGGAGGGGUACAGUGGCAGCGAUGUUGCGGUGGUGGCCAAGGAGGCGGCCAUGCGCCCCCUCAGGCGCCUCAUGUCACGACUGGAGCUGGAUGGACCCCCCGACCCGGCGGCACGGAUUGAGCUGGGUCCCGUCACGGUGGAGGACGCGCGCGCCGCACUGGAGGUGAGCAAGCCCAGUGCCCGGCUGCUGGAGGAGCGGUACCGCAAGUUCAGUGAGGAGUACGGACAGACGGCGUGAGGGGAGGGGGAAAUGG